GCAACAUCCAGAACAUCAUCAACUCGUUCCGGGUCCACCUGAACAUAGAUCUGCAGCAGCGGGCCGUGGAGUUCAACCAACUGUUCACCAGCCAUCAGCAUCUGCGGGCAGCCAUCCUGGAGAAGAUGCCAACGCUCAAGAUCACCGACAUAUCCACCUCCGAGUACAACUCCGACUUUGCACUGACGACGACAACCGCUACUUCAUCUUCUUCGCCUUCUUCGGGGGAGUCAUCGGCAGAAACAAGUCCAGGCCAGGGAACGUCCCCCAGCAAGGAGCCAUCGAAUCAAGACAUAUUACUGGACUUGUUGGGAGAUUCCUUCGUAAGCAGUUCAUCAACGUCGGAAACAGCAGCUAUACCUAGUCCUCUGCAACAGUCAACACCGCUUGAGAUUGGAACUCCCUCAAAUGUAUUGUCGCCAAACAGGGACAUCCUCGAUCUGUUGGGUUUAUCAAAUAAUAAUAAUCAAGAUUCAGGACUGUUUGUGAAUCCAUCGUCAAGUGAUGCAGUAUUUAACGGCUUAAACAAUAACUAUGUCCAGCCUUCGGUUCCAGUUGGAUCACAGGAAUAUUCCGCAACCACCAUAUCGGUUUACAGCAGGGACAAUAUUGACAUACGGUUCAUUUUGAAACGUGAACAGGACCAUGCCGUGGUGACGGUUAAAACGACUAACAACUCGCUUAAUAUGCUGGAGAAGUACAUGUUCCAGGUGGCUGUUCCUAAAUCGUUUACCAUCCAAAUGUUGGAACCCUCUAGCACCGUCAUGCUGCCAGGGGAAUCUGUAGUGCAGGAUAUCAACGUAUACCGAACGGCGGGACAACCACCUGGGGCCUCGCUCCGGAUGAAGGUUCGCUUCUCGUACGAAACCGGCAACUACUCGAUGAUGGAACAGGCCGAGGUCAACGAUUUUCCCCCGGAUCUGUUCCUAUGAAUGGGGGAGUUUCCGCCGCCCAGAAAGCGCAAAACCCUGGCCGAUUACCAUUGCUCAACGGGCAUCGCGAUGAUCGUCACCAUAGCCUCAGCUUCAGCAGCAGCAGGAACAGGACAGCACGAAAAGCAGGGCACAAUUUUCCACACAAUCCUUUCUAGAUCUACUAAAUCAAACUACAACCACAAACUAACGACUGCUACAGCAACAAGUGAUUUCGGGUACGUCUAGCGAACGCUCUGAAUAAUAAAAAUAAUACGCAAAACUGAAACUUCGGCUCAAUCAAACUUGUUUCUAAUCAUUAUUAUUGUUGAUAAGAUUUUAUCGAAAAGAAGAAAAUAUAGAAUGUUUUAUUUUAGAGUUUUAAACUGAAAUUACACAAGUGCAUAUAGAUAAUUUAAAUAAAUACCAAUUCAAACUGUCA